GCCGGAGCCUGAGCAGCCGCAGCCGCACCAGCAUCGCAUCGCGCGCCCGCAGCAGCCGCAGCCGCAGCAACCAGAGCAGCAGCAGCAUCGCCUAGCCCAGCCCGGCCGCCGCCGAGAUGCCCGUGACCGAGAAGGACCUGGCCGAGGACGCGCCGUGGAAGAAGAUCCAGCAGAACACGUUCACGCGCUGGUGCAACGAGCACCUCAAGUGCGUGAACAAGCGCAUCGGCAACCUGCAGACGGACCUGAGCGAUGGGCUGCGGCUCAUCGCGCUGCUCGAGGUGCUCAGCCAGAAGCGCAUGUACCGCAAGUUCCACCAGCGGCCCACCUUCCGCCAGAUGCAGCUCGAGAACGUGUCCGUGGCGCUCGAGUUCCUGGAGCUGGAGAGCAUCAAGCUCGUGUCCAUCGAUAGCAAAGCCAUCGUUGAUGGGAACUUGAAGCUCAUUCUGGGCCUGGUAUGGACCCUCAUUCUUCACUACUCAAUUUCUAUGCCUGUAUGGGAAGAUGAAGGAGAUGAUGAUGCCAAGAAGCAAACUCCAAAGCAGAGGCUUCUAGGCUGGAUUCAAAACAAAAUCCCUUAUUUGCCCAUCACCAACUUUAACCAGAACUGGCAAGAUGGCAAAGCGCUGGGAGCCCUUGUGGACAGUUGUGCCCCAGGUCUUUGCCCUGACUGGGAAUCUUGGGAUCCUUCAAAGCCCGUGGACAAUGCCCGGGAAGCCAUGCAGCAGGCCGAUGAUUGGUUGGGAGUCCCACAGGUCAUCACUCCUGAAGAAAUCAUUCAUCCCAAUGUGGACGAACAUUCCGUCAUGACUUACCUGUCCCAGUUCCCCAAGGCCAAACUCAAGCCCGGAGCCCCUCUGAAACCCAAACUCAACCCGAAGAAGGCCCGGGCCUACGGCCGAGGAAUUGAACCCACUGGAAACAUGGUGAAGCAGCCGGCCAGAUUUACAGUGGACACUAUUAGUGCUGGACAAGGAGAUGUGAUAGUUUUUGUAGAAGAUCCCGAAGGCAACAAAGAGGAGGCACAAGUGACUCCAGACAGUGAUAAGAACAAGACUUAUUCUGUUGAGUAUCUGCCUAAGGUCACCGGACUUCACAAAGUCACAGUUCUCUUUGCUGGUCAACACAUCUCCAAGAGUCCAUUUGAAGUCAACAUUGACAAGGCCCAGGGGGAUGCUAGCAAAGUGACAGCAAAGGGACCUGGCUUGGAAGCCACCGGCAAUAUUGCUAAUAAGGCAACUUGCUUUGACAUCUACACAGCAGGAGCUGGUGUGGGAGACAUUGAAGUUGAGGUGGAAGAUCCCCAAGGGAAAAAAACUGUCGAAAUUGUCAUGGAAGACAAAGGGAACCAGGUCUACCGCUGUGCCUACAAACCCAUUCAGGCUGGUCCCCAUGUGGUCAAGGUCUCAUUUGCUGGAGAAUCUAUUCCCAAAAGCCCCUUUACUGUGAAUGUCGGUGAAGCCUGCAAUCCAAAUGCCUGUCGGGCCAGCGGUCGAGGCCUGCAGCCCAAGGGAGUGAGGAUCCGCGAGACGGCCGACUUCAAGGUGGACACAAAAUUGGCAGGAAGUGGGGAACUGAGUGUGACUGUGCGAGGGCCCAAGGGGCUGGAGGAGUUGGUGAAACAGAAGGGCUUCGUGAAUGGCGUUUACACUUUUGAGUACUACCCAGGAACUCCUGGGAAAUACGUCGUGGUCAUCACGUGGGGCGGACACAACAUUCCAAAGAGCCCCUUUGAAGUCCAAGUGGGCCCUGAGGCUGGUGUUCAGAAAGUAAGAGCCUGGGGGCCCGGUCUCCAUGGAGGCAUCGCUGGGAGGUCGGCAGACUUUGUGGUGGAAUCCAUCGGCUCAGAAGUUGGAUCACUGGGGUUUGCCAUUGAAGGUCCAUCCCAGGCCAAGAUCGAAUAUGAUGACCAGAACGAUGGUUCCUGUGAUGUGAAGUAUUGGCCCAAGGAGCCUGGGGAGUACGCCGUGCACAUCAUGUGUGACGAUGAGGACAUCAAGGACAGUCCUUACAUGGUCUACAUCCAACCGGCCACAGGAGACUUCAACCCAGACUUGGUUCAAGCCUAUGGUCCAGGAUUAGAGAAGACUGGUUGUAUCGUCAAUAACUUGGCAGAAUUUACUGUUGAUCCUAAGGAUGCUGGGAAGGCGCCCUUGAAGAUCUAUGCUCAGGAUGGAGAAGGCAAUCCCAUUGAGAUUCAGAUGAAGGGCAAGAUGGAUGGAACCUAUGCCUGUUCUUACACACCACUGAAGCCAAUAAAACAUACAAUUUCUGUCGUCUGGGGAGGAGUGAAUAUCCCCAAAAGCCCAUAUAGGGUUGGCGUUGGUCAAGGGAGCCACCCUCAGAAAGUCAAAGUGUUUGGUCCUGGUGUGGAAAGAAGUGGUCUAAAAGCCAGUGAGCCCACUCAUUUCACCGUCGACUGUACAGAGGCAGGGGAAGGUGAUGUCAGUGUUGGCAUUAAAUGUGAUGCUGGAGUCCUGAGCAAGGAUGAAGAAGAUGUAGACUUUGACAUCAUUCACAAUGCCAACGAUACGUUUACAGUGAAAUACGCACCCCCUGCUCCUGGCAGAUACACCGUCAAAGUUCUCUUUGCCGCCAAGGAAAUCCCUGCCAGUCCUUUCCGUGUCAAAGUUGAUCCUUCACACGAUGCCAGCAAAGUCAGAGCAGAGGGCCCCGGGCUCAGCAAGGCAGGGGUAGAAAAUGGAAAACCAACUCACUUCACCGUCUUCACCAAGGGGGCGGGGAAGGCCCCACUGGAUGUGCAGUUCAGCGGUUCUCAGCCUGGGGUCGCUGUCCGGGAUCUGGACAUCAUUGACAAUUAUGACUAUUCUCACACUGUGAAAUACACACCAGUCCAACAGGGCAGCACACAGGUCCUGGUGACCUACGGCGGAGAUCCGAUUCCCAAGAGCCCUUUCGUGGUGGAGAUUGCUGCCCCUCUGGAUCUGAGCAAGAUAAAGAUCAAUGGACUGGAGAAUAGAGUGGAAGUCGGAAAGGACCAGGAGUUCCUGGUGGACACCAAAGGAGCUGGGGGGCAGGGCCAAUUGGAUGUGACAAUCUUGAGCCCGGCUCGACAGGUGGUGCCGUGCCUGGUGGCCUCGGUCCCAGGCAAGGAUUACAGCACUGCCAAGUACAUCCCCAAGGAAGAAGGCUUGUACGCUGUGGAUGUGAGUUACGAUGGGAACCCCGUCCCGGGCAGCCCCUUUACCGUCGAAGCUUCUCUGCCUCCGGAUCCCACAAAGGUUAAAGCCCAUGGCCCUGGACUUGCAGGUGGUUUUGUGGGGAAGCCCGCUGAGUUCACAAUAGACACCAAAGGAGCUGGCACGGGCGGCUUGGGCCUGACGGUAGAAGGUCCGUGUGAAGCCAAGAUCGAAUGCUCAGACAAUGGGGAUGGGACCUGUUCGGUGUCUUACCUUCCCACGAAGCCUGGUGAAUACUUUGUCAACAUCCUGUUUGAGGAGGUCCACAUUCCUGGUUCUCCGUUUAAAGCAGACAUCGAGAUGCCCUUUGAUCCCUCCAAAGUCGUGGCCAGUGGCCCUGGGCUGGAACAUGGGAAGGUGGGAGAGGCCGCCAUGCUGACUGUAGACUGUUCAGAGGCCGGGUCUGGGGUCUUGGGCAUGGAAGCCGUGUCUGAUGCUGGGGUCAAAGCCGAUGUCCGCAUUCAGAAUAACAAGGAUGGCACUUAUGCCGUGACCUAUGUGCCCCUCGCUGCGGGCAUGUAUACGCUGACCCUGAAUUACGGAGGGGAGCCAGUGCCAACGUUCCCUGCCCGGGUCAAGGUGGAGCCGGCCGUCGAUACCAGCAAAAUCAAAGUCUACGGACCUGGCAUCGAAGGGAAAGAUGUCUUUCGGGAAGCCACAACCAACUUCACGGUGGAUUCCCGCCCGCUGACCAAGGGUGGAGGGGAUCAUAUCAAAGCCACCAUUGCCAACCCCUCUGGGGCCUUCACGGACUACCUCCUUAAAGACAACGCAGAUGGGACUUAUGACAUUGAGUUCACACCGUUUGAAAAAGGCCUCCACACAGUGGAAGUGACAUACGAUGAUGUGCCUGUGCCCCAUAGCCCCUUCCAAGUGGCUGUCACUGAAGGCUGCCAUCCAUCUCGAGUGCAAGCCCAAGGGCCUGGGCUGAAAGAAGGCUUUACCAACAAGCCCAAUCCCUUCACUGUGGUUACCAGAGGAGCCGGAAUUGGGGGCCUUGGCAUAACUGUGGAGGGACCAUCCGAGUCAAAGAUAAGUUGCAAAGAUAACAAAGAUGGCAGCUGCAGUGCAGAGUAUAUCCCAUUUGUGCCAGGGGAUUAUGACGUCAAUAUCACGUACGGAAAUGAGCACGUGCCUGGCAGUCCAUUCAGGAUCCCCGUGAAAGAUAUCAUAGACCCCAGCAAGGUCAAGCUUGCAGGCCCUGGCCUGGGGACAGGAGUCAGAGCCAAAGUCCCACAGUCCUUCACCGUGGACACGAGUCAGGCUGGCCUGGCUCCGCUGGAGGUGCUGGUCCUAGGCCCCAGAGGCCUGGUGGAACCGGUGACUGUGGUGGACAAUGGAGACGGCACUCACACUGUGACCUACACCCCGUCGCAAGAAGGACCUUACAUGCUGUCUGUCAAGUAUGCUGACGAGGAUGUCCCUCACAGUCCUUUCAAGGUCAAGGUCCUCCCGACAUAUGAUGCCAGCAAAGUGACUGCCAGCGGCCCCGGCCUCAGCUCCUAUGGGGUUCCAGCCAGUUUGCCCGUGGAGUUUGCGGUGGAUGCCAAAAAGGCGGGAGUUGGCCCCCUUGCUGUCCAGAUAACGGACCAAGAAGGAAAACCCAAGAGAGCCCAUGUUCAUGACAACAAAGAUGGCACCUAUGCGGUGACCUAUCUCCCCGACAAGACAGGUCGCUAUCUGAUUGGGGUCACAUAUGGCGGGGACAACAUCCCAUCUUCUCCUUACCGCAUCCGGGCCACCCAGACUGGAGAUGCCAGCAAGUGCUUGGCCACAGGCCCUGGGAUCGCGCCCACUGUCAAAACUGGGGAGGAAGUUGGCUUUGUUGUUGAUGCCAAGACGGCCGGGAAAGGGAAGGUGACCUGUACUGUCCUGACCCCUGACGGCACCGAGGUAGAAGCGGAGGUCAUUGAGAACGAGGACGGCACCUACGACAUCUUCUACACGGCGGCAAAGCCCGGCACCUACGUCAUCUACGUGCGCUUUGGGGGCGUGGAUAUUCCCAACAGCCCCUUUACCGUCAUGGCUACAGAUGAUGAAGUUGCCGUAAUGAAGGAGGCGCUGGUAAAUGCAUGUCCCCCUGGCUACAGCCCUUGGGUGACGGAAGAAGCCUACGUCCCAGUCAGCGACAUGAAUGGUCUGGGAUUUAAGCCCUUUGACCUGGUCAUCCCCUUUGCUGUAAGGAAAGGAGAAGUAACUGGAGAGGUUCACAUGCCCUCUGGAAAGACGGCCACCCCCGAGAUUGUCGACAACAAAGAUGGCACCGUCACAGUUCGCUACGCGCCUACUGAGGUUGGCCUACACGAGAUGCACAUUAAGUACAUGGGGAACCACAUUCCUGAGAGCCCCCUCCAGUUCUACGUGAACUACCCAAAUAGCGGCAGCGUGUCAGCAUAUGGGCCCGGCCUGGUGUAUGGUGUCGCCAACAAGACCGCCACCUUCACCAUUGUCACAGAGGACGCUGGAGAGGGUGGGCUGGACUUGGCCAUCGAAGGCCCUUCCAAGGCCGAGAUCAGCUGCAUUGACAACAAGGAUGGCACCUGCACAGUGACCUACCUGCCCACACUCCCUGGGGACUACAGCAUCCUCGUGAAGUACAAUGACAAACACAUACCUGGCAGCCCCUUCACAGCCAAGAUCACAGAUAACAACAGGAGAUGUUCCCAAGUGAAGCUGGGCUCCGCUGCUGACUUUCUGCUAGACAUCAGUGAAACUGACCUGAGCAGCCUGACCGCCAGCAUCAAGGCCCCGUCUGGGCGAGAUGAGCCGUGUCUCCUGAAGAGGCUCCCAAACAACCACAUUGGCAUUUCUUUCAUUCCCCGGGAGGUCGGGGAACACCUGGUCAGUAUUAAGAAAAAUGGUAGCCACGUGCCUAACAGCCCCGUGUCCAUCAUGGUGGUGCAGUCUGAGAUCGGAGAUGCCCGGAGGGCUAAAGUCUCGGGCAGGGGCCUGAGCGAAGGACGUACUUUUGAAAUGUCAGACUUCAUUGUUGACACGAGGGAUGCAGGUUAUGGAGGCAUAUCCUUGGCAGUGGAAGGACCAAGCAAGGUUGACAUCCAGACAGAAGACCUCGAAGAUGGAACCUGUAAAGUCUCCUAUUUCCCGACAGUACCAGGGGUUUAUAUUGUGUCCACCAAGUUUGCCGACGAACACGUGCCAGGGAGUCCCUUCACUGUGAAAAUCAGCGGAGAAGGCAGGGUCAAGGAAAGCAUCACUCGCGCAAGCCGGGCACCAUCGGUGGCAACCGUUGGUAGCAUCUGUGAUCUCAACCUGAAAAUUCCAGAAAUAGACAGCGCAGACAUGUCAGCCCACGUCACCAGCCCCUCCGGCCGCACAACUGAGGCAGAGAUUGUGCCCGUGGGGAAGAGCUCCCACUGUGUCCGAUUUGUGCCCCAGGAGAUGGGGGUGCACACAGUGAGCGUCAAAUACCGAGGGCAGCAUGUGACGGGAAGCCCGUUCCAGUUCACUGUUGGGCCUCUCGGGGAAGGGGGUGCCCAGAAAGUCCGAGCCGGGGGCCCGGGCCUGGAGAGAGGAGAAGCGGGAGUACCAGCUGAAUUUAGCAUUUGGACCAGAGAGGCUGGGGCCGGGGGCCUGUCGAUCGCUGUCGAAGGACCAAGCAAAGCAGAAAUCGCCUUUGAUGACCAUAAAAACGGCUCGUGCGGUGUGUCCUAUAUUGCUCAGGAGCCUGGCAACUAUGAGGUGUCAAUCAAGUUCAACGACGAGCACAUCCCAGAAAGCCCCUACCUGGUUCCUGUCAUCGCCCCCUCCGACGAUGCCCGCAGACUCACUGUUAUGAGCCUUCAGGAAUCUGGAUUAAAAGUUAACCAGCCGGUGUCCUUCGCUAUAAGGUUGAAUGGGGCCAAAGGCAAGAUUGAUGCAAAAGUCCACAGCCCCUCAGGGGCAGUUGAAGAAUGCCACGUUUCUGAACUGGAGCCAGAUAAGUACGCGGUUCGUUUCAUUCCCCAUGAGAACGGCGUUCAUACAAUCGAUGUCAAGUUCAAUGGGAGCCACGUUGUUGGAAGCCCCUUUAAAGUGCGUGUCGGGGAUCCGGGACAAGCAGGAAACCCAGCUCGCGUCUCUGCGUAUGGAGCUGGCCUGGAAGGGGGCACCACAGGUGUCCAAUCAGAGUUUUUCAUCAAUACCACCAGAGCUGGCCCAGGGACACUGUCUGUUACAAUUGAAGGACCAUCCAAGGUCAAAAUGGACUGCCAGGAGACUCCGGAAGGUUACAAAGUCAUGUACACACCGAUGGCUCCAGGAAAUUAUCUGAUUGGUGUGAAAUAUGGUGGACCCAACCACAUUGCAGGCAGCCCUUUCAAGGCCAAAGUGACAGGUCAACGCCUGGUCAGCCCAGGCACUGCCAAUGAGACCUCUUCCAUCCUGGUUGAAUCAGUGACCAGAUCUUCCACAGAAACCUGCUACAGUGCUGUCCCGAAAGCUUCCUCGGAUGCCAGCAAGGUGACUUCAAAGGGAGCAGGGCUCGUGAAAGCAUUCGUGGGUCAGAAGAGCACCUUCCUGGUCGACUGCAGCAAGGCGGGUUCCAAUAUGUUACUGAUUGGUGUCCAUGGCCCCACCACACCUUGCGAAGAAGUGUCCAUGAAACACGUAGGAAACCAGCAAUAUAACGUGACUUACGUUGUGAAGGAGAAGGGAGAUUAUGUUUUGGCUGUCAAGUGGGGCGAGGAGCACAUUCCUGGAAGUCCCUUCCAUGUCACAGUCCCUUAAAGCAGGUCCUAACGAAAUGCUUUAUUUGUAAUGUUGAUUUUUAUACAGAGUUUAUGGGCCUUUUGUGGAAAUGAAAUGUAGUAUCUAAAUAUGCAGCUCAUACUUAAGUACGUCCAGAAGUAAAUGCUAAACUUUUUAUUCUUUAGGAGACUUUUCCAAAUCUCAAAGCUUAGAAAUUUCAAAUGUCAUUAAUGUCCAUUUCUGUGCACUCGAUUCCAAUGAUACCUCUCAGUCCCGUCCUUCACAGACAGCAUUUGAAGAUCAUGCGUGUGAUGGGCCUGCACGCUGAUUUCACUGCAGACAUUCGAGGUCGUGAACGUGAACCAAAACUGGAACUGCCUUUUAAAAAAAUGAGUUUGGGGACCAGACCGUCCUUACUAAGGGGAGGGUGUUUUUGUUUUUUCUAAUGAAAAGGAAAUGGGGUUCAAACUUGGUACACACAUGAUAUUAAUUUUUGUGCCUUGUGGGAUGAAAAGGGCUACUAAGUUAUUUACCCCUGUUUUAACGCUAACACUUUGUACCGGUUCCCUGUGGCUCUUCUCUUCGAGAGGCCUGUUAAGCUGUUAGCAAAGCAGAUAGGCCCCUGGUAGUUUUCCCACGUCUUUGCUAUUUUCUCCUGGAAUCCCAACUUGCUGUGUUUACCUUCAGGCUCUGUUGAUCAGUGGGAAGACACUGCAGGCUUGGGCGGCAGCCCCUUUGCCAAAGGUUACUUUUUAACCCCACCCCAACAGGCUUCCUCCUUUGCACAUAUUUCACUUGUGUGUUGGGAUCAUUACUAGCUUUUUGUCAAACUCAUAAAAUUCAAAUUGCAGCCAAGUGUGAAGGGGCCAGACUGCAAGCUCAAGGCCUCUCGCUGCAGAGAGGAGAGCUAAAAUAGGAACCUUUCUGGGGGGUGGGGGGCGGGCAUUUUUGUUGUGGGUCUUAUAACAGAUGGUAAGGAAUUCAGCUUUCUCUGAAGCACUUAUCAGUUCAUUGUGAAAGGAGGGGCAGUGACUUGAUCAUGCUGCUUCCCUCUUAGCACCUACAGUGAGUACUGGUCAGAAGCUGGGCGUGGACUUCUUGGUCUGGGAGGAUCUGCCCUCCUGGGAUCACUUUUGCAAUAUUUCAUCCCAUUCCUGUGAAAAACUUGAGAGGGUGUUCUCCCCCACCCCUCAUCCCUCAAUCCCAAAUUUCAGCCCCCCACCCCCCCAUUCCCCUCAACUUUAGGGGAUGGUCUGAUACCACAAAUACCAAAUGUUUCACUUUGGCCACCUGGGUAAACUUUCUGAUGAGCUUCAUUCAACUGAUUGGGGAAAAAACCCUUGGAAGAAGAUGCUCUUUCAGAACAGGCCCCGAGGCAUGAGCCUGAUCCCCUGGCCAGGAUUCUGUCAUCACCAGAAUUGAUUGGCUGGAAGAGUGGGUGUAGGUGAAAGCCCAGCCCAAGGGAGACUGUGGUGCCCCAUUGCUUUCUUUGUGUACCGUGCCUUCAUGUGAAAUGCUCACAACCUUGUAAACUAGCAAAUGGAAGAAGAAGCAGCACCCACAUGCAGGAUUGUAAAAUUGUAUCUUAUAACUUAUUAAAAUAAAAUCUUUGCUCCUUAAAA